GAAUGUGACGGAAACUCUCCCAAGGAUUAAUAAUGUCUUGACAUGCAAGACUCCUCUUCAAUGCCACAAAAUAACCCUUCUCUCCCCCUCCCUCUUUUUCUCUACUUACAGGCAUAUCUGGAGUUCUUCUGUAGUCCGUCGUUCAUGAGAGCGCUAAUGACGGUCCUGGUGGACUAUCCUCAAGUCAACUACCACAUUGUCAACAGACAGGGAACGGAAAACAUGACAAACUGCGACUCCUACCAGCCAAUAGCGGUCACCUGGGGGGUUUUCCCUGGCAUGGAGAUCAUACAACCCACGGUCGUCGACCCCGUCAGCUUCCAUAUUUGGAAGCUGGUGAACAAGGUACUGGACGGUAUGAGCAAAGCCAGUAGUCCCACAACUGAGACUGACCAAAACUCUCUCCCCUCCUCCUCCUCAUCUUCAUGAUUUCCUAUUGUCUAGAAUUUUUUUAUUGCGCGUGCGCACAUUAUUUACAAAUCACGUGAUUCUAGCAGCCACGCCCUGUGUUCAUUUCUCGUCUGGGUUUUGUUCUUCGCCCAACGUUUCCGGCAGUUUUCAAGGCCCGCUUUCGAUCGACGAGGUCUUCCACUGACAACACAGUAGUACAGCCGGCCAGAAGCAGCGCACGUGACUCAUGAUCAGAGAUGGCUACUGGAGGAGGGGACCAAGUCUGGACGUGGAAGAAACCACUCCCUCCAAGUAAAGCCACACUCAGGAAGGUCUUUGAGAACACCAGUGACCUCAAUGUCCUCUGCGACAUUCUCUCCAUCCCUGAUAAGUGGGAUGUUGACAGUGCAGUAGAGUACUAUGUACAGACUACAGAUCCAAUGAAAAUGAGAGAGAUGAUAUUCAGGCUGGACAUGAUUGGAGACACAGCUCUAGCAGACUCAUUGAUGGAGUAUGCAG